AACCUGCUGAGCGCGCAGAAUGAACAGCAGAGCGCAAAGUGCUCGUCAAUUAUGUAUUUGCGCCAUAGACGGAGUCCCUCCACGGCACGCGGAUGUGGACGAGUCCAUUUUUUAACCUAAAUGUAAAACAACUCAGCCAUCAUUUAUUGAUGUAUCAAAAACAGAAGAAAAAAAAUCUGUUUUCUAAUCCCGCAGGCGGCGCGUCACCACCCAGAGAGGUCAGCCGCGUUACAUCCUAAAGUAACGCGUUACCGGCCAGCACGCGGCCCUGUCGAGCAGAUGUUACCGUGGAGAGACAUCACUGCUGCUGCUGCAACAAGAGACAAGACGCGUCUUGGAUCCCAAAUAGAAAGGGGGGGGAUGCAGGGCGCAUGCGCACUGCGCUCCGUUUACUGUAGGAUAUUCACCGUAGAGGAGGAAAAAAAAGAAGAAGAGGAGGGGGGGCAGACACCAAAUCGAGCUUUUUUAAAACAGCAAAAACCCGAUUCGUGCCAUGUAAAUAACUACCGGGAGGGACACGGAAAGGAAUUAUCAACAGGUAGGCUUGGAUUGAUCUUUUAUUUCUAUUUUUCUCCAUUUUUUUUUUUUGGCCUUGCCUUAUGUGGUGGCAGCGAUUUCCUCGCGGAGACUUGGAUGUUUUUAUCGGUUCAAGCCAUGGAUGCCGACGAUGAUUAUCCUUCCUCUAUCCUUUAGUCUUAUUUUUGUAUGAUUUUGGCCUCUUUUUUAACCCCUUUUGUUUGUCUGCGGGAGUCUGCGGGAUUCAGACGCGCGUAAAACACGCAGAGGAGGCGUUUUUUAAAGAGGAUUUCUUUCAGGGGGGCGAUGAGACAAAGGAACAAAGGAUGCCUUAGAAAGGAGAGGUUGAGCCCGGAAACCUCUUCAAAGCACACCGCCAAAUGGAUCUAACGCCUCCCCCCUGCCACCUCCAGAUCAUGAUACUCGGCUGAAACUAAUCCGCUAUCUUUAUGAUCCCUCCUCCAUCUAUGGCGAACUAUAGCCAUGCAGGGGACCACACCAUCUUGCAGAAUGUCUCUCCUCUCGCCACGUUCCUCAAACUGACCUCUCUGGGUUUCAUCAUCGGCGUCGGCGUGGUUGGAAACCUCCUGAUCUCCAUCCUGCUGGUCAAAGACAAGAGCCUGCACCGAGCCCCCUACUAUUUCCUGCUGGACCUGUGCGCCUCCGACAUCCUCCGCUCGGCGAUCUGCUUCCCGUUCGUCUUCACCUCGGUAAAAAAUGGAUCGGCGUGGACGUACGGCACGCUGACCUGCAAGGUGAUCGCCUUCCUGGGCGUGCUCUCCUGUUUCCACACCGCCUUCAUGCUGUUCUGUGUCAGCGUCACCCGCUACCUGGCCAUCGCGCACCACCGCUUCUACACCAAGAGGCUCACCUUCUGGACGUGCUUGGCCGUCAUCUGCAUGGUGUGGACGCUGUCGGUGGCGAUGGCGUUCCCGCCGGUCCUGGACGUGGGGACGUACUCCUUCAUCCGGGAGGAGGACCAGUGCACGUUUCAGCACCGCUCCUUCCGGGCCAACGAUUCUCUGGGCUUCAUGCUCCUGCUGGCGCUCAUCCUCCUGGCCACACAGCUGGUUUACCUCAAACUCAUCUUCUUCGUCCACGACCGGCGAAAGAUGAAGCCCGUCCAGUUCGUGCCCGCCGUCAGCCAGAACUGGACCUUCCACGGUCCGGGUGCCAGCGGGCAGGCGGCGGCCAACUGGCUGGCGGGGUUCGGUCGAGGUCCCACCCCGCCGACCUUGCUGGGCAUCCGGCAGAACAGCAACGCAGCGGGCCGCAGGCGUCUACUUGUACUGGAUGAGUUCAAAACGGAGAAGAGGAUUAGUAGGAUGUUCUACAUCAUGACCUUUUUUUUCCUGGCGCUUUGGGGGCCCUACUUGGUGGCCUGCUACUGGCGGGUGUUUGCCAGAGGCCCUGUGGUCCCUGGGGGCUACCUGACGGCGGCCGUGUGGAUGAGCUUCGCCCAGGCGGGGGUCAACCCCUUCAUCUGCAUCUUCUCUAACAGGGAGCUUCGGCGCUGCUUCAGCACCACGCUCCUCUACUGCAGAAAAUCCAGGUUACCACGGGAACCCUACUGCGUUAUAUGAUAGUUUUUCUGCCCCCUCUUUCCUUCCCCAACAUUCCCUCUUUGUCUUUAUUACCCUGAUUGAUCUCGAUCGGGGCUCGCUCCAGUUGUACAGGCACUCUGUCUUUCUGUCUCCUCAUCCUCCAUUUCUCUUUCUCUGCUCCUCCUCCUCCUUCCCUCUGACCCCUUCUUCUCCGAGAUCGGCCAAUCACGUGGCUCCGCCGGAGGGGAUCGGAUGUGAUAAGUCUGCCAAACGUGGAGGCUAAGCCGGGAAUUUGGAUUUUUUUUCUAAACAUUUUUAAACCUUUUUUCUUUCCCCAAGGAGGUGUGGCUACCCCAAGAUGCCCCUCCCCCAACAUCCCUACCGUGUUUAUGUUCUAGUAAACAUACCUGUGGAAGCCAACGUAAACGAGCAAAAAUAAAAAAUAAAAAUGGAGAAAAAACCCGACGGAAAGAAGAAAAAGAAGAAACCUCUUUGAUCUGGAUUUUUUUUCCUUCUUUUUUGUUUUGUUUUCCUUUGAAGAUGCGUUUACUCUGUGAUGUGUUUGAUGCAAAAAAAACAUGAAAAGGAGAAAAAAAUAUAAAAAAAACACACAAGAACAAAGAAACGAUACCUCUCAAGGAAUCACUGGAAAUGUUUUACAUUUUAAUAGUUGCACUAAAGUGAAGAUGUAAAAGAUGCUUUUGUUUGUUGCCAGCUGCAUCGCAAAGGACAACGUUUUUCUUAUUCCCUCCCCAGGAAAAAACGACGACAAAAACACAAAACAAAACAAUGAAUGCUUUAAUUUGCAACAGACUACACAAUCGCUUGUAAGUAGAGCAAAAACUUGACUGUUGGGAUACAUCAUCACAAGAGGAUAUAAUGGUUUUAAUGUAAGUGAUAUCUUUUUCAUUUAUCUGGGGUGGGGGAGGGGCGAUGGGGCGGGGCUUGAGGACCAGGAAAGGGGGAGGGGUUACAAAUGUGUUUUUUUGAAGUUGCAACUAGAAAUGAUUUCUUGUAGUUUUACUAUCCAUAUGUCCCUAUUAUCUGUUUUUUUUCUUAACACUUUUUACAAAAAAACUGAAAAAAAAAACGAACAUGGAAGUUAUGUGUGGGGGAUAAAAAAAGGUUUUAAUAACAAAUUUGUGCUGGAAAAAAAACAAACAAAAAAGACAUUGAAGAAGUAGUUAAAUGUUUCAUCAGAUCCAUGUACCUAAACACUACCAUCUUAUGACAGUAUUUGCUGAUGCCACUCCGGGUGUUCUUGCCUUAAUGGUUAUGAUAUCGUCACGUUUCUUGGUUGUUGUUUUUUUUUUUUCUCCUCAUUAAUUCCUAAAAGUUCUUAUUUUUUACACCAGCGUGACGUGCAUGUCCAUUUUUUUAUUUAUUUAUUUUUUUUUUGUUAAAAGCUGGUCAGCUCCCAUGAGCAUCACAGGCCAUACACUGAGCAGCCCCAUUUUUAUUCUGCAACGGUUUGCUACACCCCACAGAGUGCGCAGAGCACAGGGAGCGUGAUUGUGUGUGCACGAAUGAGUGUGUGAAUUGCUGUGCGAAUGUGUGUAUGUGUGGACCAGACAACAGUCACUUCAAGACCAGAGCCUUAGUAUGGAAUCUUGCACAAUUUGUAAAAAAAAAAAAAAUGUAAAAAAAACAAAAAAAGUGUAAAAAAAACAGGAAAAUGAGGAAAAAAGACAUUUAAGGCACACCACUUGUUUCUACUUUCCCCACAUUUGCUCUCUACCGAUUCCUUUCAAUGACUUUUUUCUCUUGUGGCCAUUUUAAUAUUUAUUAUGCAUUCAUUUUUGUAUAUUCUAGAUAGAUUGUGUGCAAGUAUGUGAGUCUUUUCAUUUUAUUUUUUGAAGUCCCGAAUGUGAGUACAGUUUCAGUUAGGAUUGCAUUUGCUGAAAGUUAACUGUGUAAUCUGUUGCUUUUUUUGAAAAUAAAAAGUUCCAAUUUUGCAAAAAAAA